AUGGCUCCAGUAUGGACAAUUAUUUUAUUUCUCAACAUGAUAUCUCCAGCUCUAUCUGUGGAUUUGUCCAGACCAUCAUUUCUCUCAGUGAAGUCUGGAGAACGUGUUACUCUUAAAUGCCCAUUUGGAGAUAUUCCUAAGGCUGAAAGUGUGGUCUGGUACAAGCAAAUAUUUGGAGAAAUGCCUCGAAAAGUGGGAGAAAAAUUAUCAUUUAAAGGUAUCAAAAUUUCCCCUGAGUUCAGAACUUCAGGAUUUACAAUGGAGGCGACUGAUAACGGCAUCUCUCUGAUAAUUCCACAUAUAAUAAAAGAUUAUGGAGGACUUUACUACUGUGGAAGAUUUAGCUGGGAGAAUUUUACAUUAUCUAAUGGAACUUUCUUGGAUGUAACAGAUGAUGGAGAUGUAAAAGUGUCAGUGUUCCAGAGCGGCGUGUCGGACUCGGUUCCUGCAGGAGCGUCAGUGACUCUGCAGUGCUCGGUUCUCUCUGAGAGCAGAUCAGCAGAACUCCAAGUGCUCUGGUUCAGAGCUGCUCCACCACAAUCCCAUCCUCAAAUCAUUUACACUCAUCACAACAGCAGCCAUCAGUGUGAGAGCGGCUCUUCUACACACACCUGUGUGUACAACUUCUCCAAGAACAUCCUCAGCCUCAAUGAUACUGGAACUUACUACUGCGCUGUGGCCAUGUGUGGGAAGAUCAUUUUUGGGAACGGGACAAGAGUACAAUUAAUAAAACCUUCACUCAGUAAGAAUAUAAUAUUU